CACACACACCCUUGGUCUAGAGGAGCUCCAGCAAAUGCUGACCGCUGGCCACCCCCACGUUCCAAGAAGCAAAUAAUCAUAGCAAGACCCCUGUAGCCCGGCCAGAGCGGGGCAGCCUAUGUAUGCAGCCCAGCGCUACGAUUCUGAAGAUUGCAUGUACUCCACCCCAUACAAGCACUCCGCUUAUCCGUAUUGUCGCCGCCAGCUAAAUACACUCCAUAGUGCGCACCACGACACGCCAUGCUGGAGCUGUACCUCGUCACCUUCAACGCGGCGCGCAACCUCGUCGACCCGCAGGCACUGGCGCCGUCCUUCUUUGACGCGCUCCCAAAGGAAUCGCCCGUGCCAGACAUUGUCGCCAUCUCGCUGCAGGAAAUUGCGCCCAUUGCCUAUUCAUUUCUCGGUGGAUCGUAUUUGAAGCCCUACUUCGACCGCGUGACCACGACUGUCCAGCUUGCUGCCGACCUCCACAGCCAGGGCAGCGGCUCCCUCGAGCAUGUGGCCACGCGUAGCCUGGGCAUGACGGCCCUGAUGCUAUUUGCAAAGCCCGCUGUCCUCGAGAGGGUGCAAUGGAUACAGUCUGCAGGUGCAGGCGUCGGCUUUUCCAACAUGGGCAACAAGGGGGCUGUUGCGAUGCGCAUCGGCCUGGCCUGUCCCGGCGCCGACGAUACCCUUGAUCUCACCUUUGCUGCCGCCCAUCUUGCGCCCAUGGAAAGGAAUGUGGAAGCGCGCAACAAGGACUGGGAGAACCUGGUGCGCAACUUGGUCUUUGUCAACGGCGACGAGACCGCCUACAGCUCGAGCGAACAAAGACCCCUUCUAGCCGCCUCUCCAGAUGCUCCCGCUGAUCACAACGGUCUCUUUACGCCUGGAAACCACGUCUUCUUUUACGGCGACCUAAACUAUCGCACUAGUGACAGCCCGCCAGAUGGUGACGCUCCCAAGUCCUACCCUCAGCCUACCGAGUCAGAGUCAUCAUCCAGACACUUUUCACAUUUGCUAAAACAGGACCAAUUGAUUAGAGAGAAAGACGCCAAGCGCACAUUGCAUGGCUUCGAGGAGCUCCCCAUCACCUUCCCGCCUACAUACAAGUAUUCCACUUCCAAACACUCUCUAGCCGGUGAGGUUGAAUCGUGGCACUGGUCAAAGCACCGAUAUCCAUCGUGGUGUGACCGAAUCCUCUUUCUACGCGCCGGGUCUGCGUCAGACCUAGAACCCCAGAUCUACACCGCUCUCCCUAUCCAGCCCACGUCAGACCACCGUCCUGUUGCUCUCUCCCUGCGUGUCGACGAAAAGCCCGUCAAAAUGGGCAUCAACGAAGUCUUUUCCCGUGCGCCCUUUGACAUCAAUCCCCAGUGGAAGGCCAGACGGGAUGCCGCACGACGCUGGGAAGUUAUUGUGGGCGUCAUGUCCUACCUCGCCUUGACCGGCAGGGGCCAGAUCAUCCUCGUCACCUUGCUGGGUGUGGUGGCUGGCGCACUGCAAAUUUGUGCACAGCAUGCGCUGCUUUCCAUGCCCUCUAAGUAUUUCGUCUUGUAUGGAUGCAACAACGCCGUCUCCAUGGGGGGUGUGGGCGUGGCGAAGGGCCUUCAGACUGUGAGUCUGCAGGCGAUGGCUCAUCGAGACUGGAAUAAUUGGAGACUGAGCCUGGAGCCGGACUCGUAUGACGUCGGACAUGCCAUGGAGGAGGAAUAUGCCUCUGGCUGUCCGCAGAUGUCUGCGCUUGAUUAUCCCAAGUCCCACUUCGCAGAGGCAGACGUCGCUCUCUCUUCCGGGGACUCGUUGUCGCAAAGCUUGACGGUCUCCCAGAUGUUCGUGAACGAUUUACAUGUUUCGAUGCCCUCCUCUCGCCUGCAGAUGCCGGAUUUUCGCAUUCUUCAGCUACAAGUCUGGACUCGUCGAUAA